GGGAAGGCAGGUCCUACAUACCAGGAAUUCAGGUGCAGUAUCCCGAGUGGCUCUGGUGGAAUCCAAUCUGGUGUAACUUUCAGCGUCAUCCGGUUCCCAGAUGCACUGAAACGACUCAGUUUUGUGAGUUUGGCGAAGUGGAUUUCAGGGGAGAUAACACCUUCCAUUGAGUUGAGAGAAAUAUCAACCCAUUGCAACUCUGAAAGUUCCCCAAAACUUGUCGGAAUCGUCCCAUUGAUCUGGUUCCUAUCGAGGGUUACGUACGUCAAGGAUUUUAGUUCCCCAAAUGACAUUGGAAGGGGUCCAGAAAUGGAGUUAGCCUCUAGGGAAAGUCGACUUAAUCUCGUGAACUUCCUAAUUUCUUCGCUCAACUGACCAAACAGUUGGCACUCGGACAACGCCAUUCUCUGUAGACUGGUAGAAGGACACUCUCCAAGGAUUUCAAGCAACUCUGAUACACUUUGAUUAAGCCUUGUGCCUGACAGGUGUAGUGCCCUCAAAUGGCAGAGACUUUUGAAUGAUGCUGGAAUCCCUCCUUCAAAUCGAAGACCCCGAUUGUACGACAAAUCGAGAGUAACCAGAGAUGUCAGGUUCCCGAUGGAAUUAGGAACUCUGCCUUCCAGCUUAUUGGCAGAAAUGUCGAGGUACUCGAGGUGGCGAAAACUGAACAACCAAUCUGGCAAGGGACCAUUGAACUUGUUUGAAGACAGUGUAAGAUGUACGAGGGAGGUAAGGUUUUGAAGCUCCCCUGGAAUCGCACCUUGAAGGUUGUUGCCUGCUAGAUCCAACGAAGUCAGGCUUUUCAAUUGAGAUACCCAGCU